UCCCGUGCAUAGCCAUAUCAGCGCGAGAAAGAGAGAUGGAACCUACUAUUACAAGCUAUCUUCUCAAAUUUACUCUUACCUUUCUUCUAUUCAUAUCAAACAUGGAGAAAUCAUCAUCCAGCGCCACGGCCGCCACCACCAAAUCUUCGAGCAGCGCCUACAAGGAAUACCUAAAAACUGCCUGCAAUUCUACCACAUACCCAAAACUCUGCUAUAGCUCCCUUUCUCCCUAUUGCUACACUAUCAAAACCGAUGAUCUAACCCUUUGUAGCACUGCAUUAAACGUAUCCUUACAAGUUGCUUACAACACAUCUUCCUUAGUAACAGUUCUCUCGAAGCAAAAGGGAUUGAGCAAGACCGAAGCCCAAGUUAUUGAAGACUGCAUAGACGAAAUGGGAGACAGCAUCGAUGAACUUAGCCAAUCAUUGGAUGCUUUUGGCAGCCUCAAGUUGAACAGUACCGAUUUGAGAUUCCAGAUUUCUAACAUACAAACUUGGGUUAGUGCUGCUCUUACAAAUGAAGAUACCUGCAGUGAUGAAAUUGAUGAUACUAGGGUAAGUUCUUCAGCGAAGAAAAAGAUCAAGAAGAGCAUAUCCAAUGUUGCAAGAAUCACUUGCAAUGCUUUAGCUCUUAUAAAUAAACUUCCUUACUAGUUCUCUAUAUUGGUUUGAUGAACAAUCCAUAUUUCAUAGCUUGUUGGGUGUUUAGUUUGGAGUGCUGCAAUAACUGGGAAAAGAAAUAAAAGUUGUUACAUAUAUAUGUCCUAAACAGACAGUAUUAGAGAAACAGAAUCUCUAUAAGGAAGGUUUCCAGGAAAAUGGGAACUGCUUCUAUUGUGUAAUAUAGAAUUCUGAUGGUGUCUAAGACAAUAAAAUAUAUUGUUUUCA